UAAAGUUAUAUUCUCUUACAUCCUCGUUCAAAGGCGUUACUGUUAUUAUUGUCUAGACACAGAAGAGGUAUUAUUAGCUUGCGGUGGCUUCCGCGUAAUUCUUCAAGGACUCAAUGAUUUGUGACCUCUUCCAAUAACCGUUAGUCACUUAAUACUUUCGGUGUGACCCUUUUCGGUUCCAUUGUUACUUUGAAAAUCCAAUCGAAAUCGUAGCCAGCAGGUGAUCGAUUGACCUUACCUUUUACCUGUUUCUAGUCAUUGUCUUCGCCUCUGAGGUGAAGAUUAGUAACAAUUCUAAGUUAGGCUAAGACUAAUCUCUCUCGGCUAAUGCACCUUCAUCCAGGCGAUAAUGCGUGAGCGUGACAAAAAAUAGAGAAUCUUCAGCCCGUGCUUGCUAUUGUUUCUAAACAUUAUCUCAACGCUAAGAUGAGUUGUAUACAAACAUGCGCAUGUACCAUAAUCCUAAGAAAUAUUGUCUGCAGUGAGAUUAACGGAUUGCACCGAUUGGUCUUCUCUUAUUGACUGUUUAUUUAGCAAGAGGAGGACGCUAGAAAAUAUUUAUACUCUAUAGUGAGAUACACUUAGAUAACUAUGCGCUAAAUUUUCUUUUUAUAGACUAUGAUAAAUAUACGUGUAUAUCAUAUUGAGCGAUAAAAUAACGCAUAUUAUACUAUACUAUAAGGAAAGUUUUUCCAGAGUCUGAAAUACUUAUCUCUACGCUUGUAAAUCAAAGAAGUAUGACUGACGCUCUUACAGAAGCAUAAAGCUGAAAAAUUGCAUGGGAAAGUUCUCAGUUUCCUUCUAGUCGAGCUUACGAAUGGCACUCCUGCUGUUUUUAAAGGAGCGCAUCUGACAAAACUUAUCAAACUGAUUGGAAAACAGUCUUAAGAAUGGAGGCAAACGUAACGGUGCAACAUCUUAGAAAUUUAUCAUUCGGAUGGUCGGAUUACGUUCUUUUCGGUCUACUUUUGGGCGUCAGUCUUAUGAUUGGUAUUUAUUUUGGAUUCUGCAGUAAAAAGCAAGACAAUACCACCGAAUACUUACUUGGUGGUAAAACGAUGUCCUUCUUUCCCGUCGCCAUGAGUCUCAUUGCAAGUCACAUCUCUGGAAUAUCCUUGCUGGGCGUCCCUGUGGAAGUUUAUCAACAUGGAACGCAAUACUCUGUCUGUAUUAUAACAUCAAUAACUACCUGCAUCGUAGUGGGCUACUUUUGUCUUCCAGUAUUCUACAAGCUACAAUUGACAAGCACCUUUGAAUAUUUAGAAUUGAGAUUUGCCAGACCCGUUAGAGUGCUUGCGUCUACAUUAUAUUCUAUUGCUUUAAUUACGUAUAUCCCACUGGUAGUCUAUGUACCAGCUUUGGCAUUUGCGCAAGCUACCACUUUUGAUAUUCACGUAGUGACGCCAGUCAUAUGUAUCGUUUGUAUUUUUUAUACGACGGUGGGUGGUCUCAAAGCCGUUGUAUGGACUGAUACCAUACAACUGAUUGUGACCAUUGGAGGACUGAUUGCAGUUUUGAUAUUGGGUAUUACUGCUGUUGGUGGUUUUGAAAAAACUUGGCAAGCUGCAGACGAGGGUGGAAGAUUGAUAUUUUUUAACAUGGACCCCAGUCCCUUCACUAGGAAUACUUUUUGGUGUAUGUCUAUAGGCGCGUUGGCAAGCUGGGUUUCAGAAUAUGGCGUGAGUCAAGGGAGCAUUCAGAGAUUUCUUGCAGUCCCUUCGAUUGGAGAUGCUAGAAAAGCACUGGUGAUAAUGGCUGUGGGAAAUAUUUUAAUUAAAAUGAUAUCCAUGUCCACUGGACUUAUCAUGUACUCCAAAUAUAAGGAUUGUGACCCUAUUACUUCCAAAAUGAUUUCAAGAUCCGACCAAAUUCUACCUUACUACGUGAUUGACGUGGCUGGUAAGAUACCAGGACUUCCAGGAUUGUUCCUGGCAGGAUUGGUGAGCGCCGGAUUGUCCACUAUGAGUGCUAGUCUUAAUACUGUUACUGGAACGAUUUACGAGGAUUUUAUUGAUCCUUGGAUGCCAGAGAGUAAUGAUAAGGAAGCUCGGGCAGCUACUAUUAUGAAAAUAACGGUUGUAAUUUUGGGUAUCCUGUGCAUGACAAUGGUCUUCGUUGUUACCCAACUGGGUGAUAUUUUUCAAGUAUCCCACAGUCUUGGUGGAAUAACAGCGGGACCACUUUUGGGACUGUUCCUUCUGGGACUAUCGGUUCCGUGGUGUACGACAAAGGGUGCUGUUGUUGGUGGUAUUACUUCCUUGUCACUGAUGACUUGGAUUAUCGUAGGUGCUCAGUGGAAUAUGUUUAAAGGAAAGUUUUCAUAUAAAACACUACCACUGUCUACUGAAGGCUGUGAUCAAUCGUUACUAGUCAAUUCUACUGUUAUGGCAUCUUCGUAUCAUCCGGAGGAAGAAGAUGUGUUUCCUUUAUACAGAAUUUCAUUCAUGCAUUAUACAAUACUGGGAGCCUUCAUAACAAUUCUGGUCGGUACACUUGCUAGUUUUGUUCUUGGUCCUCGUGAUCUCAAGGAUGUUGAUCCUGAUCACUUUGCACCUCUCAUUAGAAAGUUUUUACCAAGAAAAAAGUACGCGGAGGUACCGCUAGAUGCAGUAGAGAAAAAUAAAAUUACAGAAAAGGAUGAUAUUAAAGAUCAUCAAUGACGAAGUGAAUAUUGAAUAUAGCGGGAUAUAGAAAUCUGAGGGUCCAGUGAGUUGGCUAGUGGGAUUUUUUUCACUGACCACCCAACUGAAUGCUCUGUCAAAGGCUGAAAGCAGCCAUUAGGGGCUGAUGAGGGUGUCAAAUUGACUAGAUUAUAUAUCCGUUUCCCGAUCUCGAAAGCAAACAAACCCUUAAACACCUGGAAGACUGGUCGAUCCCUAUCAGCAGCCUUGACAUUUUCGCCGAAUCACUUCCUGGCGAUAAUUCUAAGACUAUGGACCUGAAAAUCUCAUGAGAUAAAAUUAAGACAAAUUUAACAUUACUUGAGAACAAAUUUCUGGGAUUCACUAAAAAUAUACACAAAUAAAAUUAUUUAAUGUGUUUUUUUAGCAAUAGCGAUUACUGGUUUUUAUGAAUAUAUUCUCUUUAGCCGCA